AUGGCAGUACAUGAAUGGAUCAACAAAAAGAAAAAGAAAAAGAAAAUGGAGAAGUUGAAGAGACUUGCAUUUGACUUCGUCAGGUUGAUGAUGGAAAUCAGAGGUUCUUUCCGGAAGAAGAAGAAAGGAGCAUUUCGACCUUGCCAAGAUCGUCAUGACUUCUCCCAGUUGAUAUUCUCAUGGUCUCUUGAUGACAUACUGAAUGAGGAACUCUAUAAAUUUCAGGUGGAGGAGAUACCCCUUACUUUUCAGUCUGUGGAACACUAUCUCAGUUCUUUUGUUUAUCCUCUGCUAGAGGAAACACGUUGCGAACUGGCUUCUAGUAUGGACAGCAUGUCUAAUGCUCCAUUCGCUGAAAUUUCUUCUUUUACGAAGGUCAAAGGUGAUAAAGAAAUGUUGUAUGAUGUUAAUGUUGUUACUUGGAAAAACAGAUUUAGUGAACGUGGCAAAGAGCCUUACCGUACGUUACCUGGUGAUCUGUUUAUUUUGGCGGAUGGGAGACCUGAAUCUAUUUCUGAUUUGCAGCGAGUGGGAAGGACAUGGGCUUUUGCUUUGGUUAGUAAAAUUGCAGACGAAAAUAUUAAACAUGAUAGCAAUGAAAAUGAAGAUGACAGCACUUCAGUAUAUUUCGAAGUUAAGGCAUCACAACAUAUUGAAUCCCAGCAUGGGUUGUUUGUUGUUUUUUUGAUGAAUAUUACAACCCAGAAAAGAAUCUGGAAUUCUUUGCACAUGCAUGGAAAUUUGAAUAUCAUCAAAGAGGUUCUAAGUUCUGAUUCUGUGGUCAAGGAUAGAUGUGAUAUCUGUUCUUUUGGUUGCAAUAUUGAUUCACAUGGACAACAUCUCUUGUCUAAGAUGAAUGAAUCCCAAAGAGAUGCAAUUAUAGCAUCCCUCUGUAAAACCGAAUGUUACCACAAUUCUUGUGUGGAACGAAUAUGGGGACCCCCUGGAACUGGGAAAACGACAACAGUAAGUGUGUUGCUAUCUAUUCUCUUGCAAAUGAAGUGCAGGACGCUUACCUGUGCUCCGGCAAAUGUUGCAAUAGUACAGGUAGCCUCACGUGUGCUAAAUUUGGUAAGAGAAUCUUUCGAAACUAGACUACAAAGUGGUGAUUCUUUCUGUUCGGUUGGAGAUAUGCUCUUGUUUGGAAACAAGGAGAGGUUGACAGUUAGUACAGACAUUGAAGAUAUCUAUUUGGAGGAACGAGUAGAGAGGCUUACAGAGUGCAUUGGGUCAAUGUCUGGUUUCAUACGAUCAAUGACUGGUUUACUUGAAGACUGUGUUUCUCAAUAUCAUGAUUUUGUAGAAAAUGUAUUGUCCAAUGAAGAACAACAUGCAAAAGAAAAUCAUACCAUGACCUCCAAAGAAAAUCAAACUAAACCAGAAAAGUUUGAAGUCAAAUCAUUCAUAGAGUUUUUGCGAGAUCGAUUCAAUGCUUCUGCACCCAAACUCAGAAGCYGCAUCAUUACGUUCUGCACUCAUAUCCCAAGAAAUUUCAUGGGGGAAUAUAUUUUCCGAAAUAUGGUCUCUCURUUGGAGAAUUUAGGUGCUUUGGAAUCAAUGUUGUUUCAGGAGAAUCUGGUUUCGGAAGAACUUGAGCACCUUUUUACUUCUAAACCAUUGCAAGCUGAUUUUGUUAAGUUUGAGGACAAGUUGUCAAUCAAUUACUUCAGAAUCAAGUCUGUUUCUGUUCUAAAAACUCUGCAGACAUCUCUUGGAAGUCUCAAUCUUCCAAGUGUUGAGAACUUCUGGGAAGUAAAGGACUUCUGUUUCAAAAGAGCUUCUCUUAUAUUCUGCACAGCUUCUAGUUCCUACAAGUUGCAUGCUGUURAAAUGGAACCUUUGAAGUUGUUGGUCAUAGAUGAAGCUGCCCAKUUGAAAGAGGCCGAGUCAACCAUUCCACUUCAACUUUUUGGAUUAAAACAUGCUAUUCUCAUCGGAGAUGAGUUCCAAUUACCUGCAAUGGUUCGCAGCAAAGUUUGUAUUGGAUCUUGCUUUGGAAGAAGCUUAUUUGAAAGAUUGAGUAGUCUGGGGCAUUCUAMGCAUCYAUURAAUGUUCAGUACAGAAUGCACCCAUCCAUCAGUUUCUUUCCAAAUUGGAAAUUUUAUCAGAAUCAGAUCCUGGAUGGAGAAAAUGUGACAUGUACAAGUUAUGAAAAGCAAUAUCUUUCAGGACCCAUGUUUGGUUCUUAUUCAUUUAUAAAUGUUCUUGAGGGAAGAGAAGAAAAGGACGAUGAUGGGCAGAGCCAAAGAAAUUUGGUUGAGGUGGCUGUCGUGAUAAAGAUAGUGCAGAAUCUCUACAGAGCAUGGACCAGCUCCAGAAAGAAGCUUACUAUUGGGAUUGUGUCUCCAUAUGCGGCCCAAGUUGUUUCGAUCAAAAAGAAGCUUGCUCCCAAGUACGAGGAACUUCCAGGAUUUUCAGUCAAGGUGAAGUCUAUUGACGGAUUUCAAGGUGGAGAAGAAGAUGUUAUCAUUUUAUCUACCGUCAGAUCUAAUAGAUAUGGGUCCGUUGGCUUCUUAUGUAGUCCUCAAAGGACUAAUGUUGCUGUGACAAGGGCACGACACUGUCUGUGGAUAUUAGGCAGCGAAAGAACCCUGGCUAAUAGUGAYUCCAUAUGGAGAGAAUUAGUAUGUGAUGCAAGGAGUCGCCAUUGUUUCUUUGACGCUGAUGCUGAUGAAAGCUUAAAGAWGACUAUAAUAGCURCAAAGAAAGAGCUUGAACAACUUGAUGAUCUGGUUAACGGGAAUAGUGUGUUUUUUAAAGAUGCAAAAUGGAAGGUUCUCUUCAGUGAUGACUUCAGAAGAUCGUUUGCAAAGYUGGCAGGUUCUCKCUUGAAGRARCUGGUUUUAWAUYUCUUAKUGAAACUCUCAAGUGGCUGGAGGCCCAAGAACAAAAGCGUAGACUUGUACUGUGAAAAUUCUUCACAGAUUUUGAAGAAAUUUAAGGUUCAAGGGAUCUAUGUUAUUUGCACAAUCGACAUCAUCAAGGACUUCAAGUAUUUACAGGUUUUGAAGGUUUGGGAUAUAUUACCUUUGGAGGAUAUUCCAAAACUGGCAAAACGGCUUGACAACAUAUUUGCUGCUUAUACAGAUGAUUAUAUUAAUCGCUGCACGGAAAAAUGUUUGGAUGGGGACUUGGAAAUUCCAAGGAGUUGGGCGACAACCCAAGAAGUUUCCCGUUUUCGUAAUCUAAGUAACUCAUGUGAAGGCGACAGUGAAGUGAGCUUAAAUCCUGGUGAUGGUAGAAUUUAUGUCGAAAACUCAAAAGUGAGUGAAAGCUUGUUGCUUAUGAAGUUUUACUCAUUGUCGUCUGGGGUAGUGAACCAUCUGCUUUCUGGUAAAGAAUAUGAUCUACCCAUGCAAGUUACUGAUGAGCAGAUGGACAUUAUUUUAUUUUGCAAAAGUUCGUUCAUAAUUGGGAGAUCAGGAACAGGGAAAACCACUAUAUUGACGAUGAAGCUGUUCCAAAAUGAAGAGUCUUUUCGUAUUGCUUCUGAAGGGAUUUAUGCAGCAGAGAGGAGUCUAAUUAGGGAUGCAGAAGUUGUUGAUGGUUCAGAAGAAAACAAACCAACUGUUCUGCGCCAGCUAUUUGUGACAGUAAGUCCAAAAUUGUGUUAUGCUGUGAAGCAACAUGUUUCUCAGCUCACAAGUAUUGCCUUGAAAGGGAAUUUAUCGACGGAGAUCAAUCUUGAUGAUGCAGAAGUUACAUCAGAAAUCAAAGAUAUCCCGGACACAUUUGUUGACAUAGUCCACACAAAUUACCCUCUUGUUGUAACAUUUGACAAGUUUCUAAUGAUGUUGGAUGGCACAUUGGGAAAUUCUUUUUUCGAAAGAUUUCCUGAGGCAAGAGAACUUUUUUGUGGUAGUCGUAUAAGCUCAAGAUCUGUUGCUUUGCAAACUUUCUUAAGAUCAAAGAAGGUUACAUUUGAAAGAUUUUGUUCCCUUUACUGGACUCGUUUCAAUUCUGAUCUAAAAAAGAAGCUGGAUCCUUCCAGGGUGUUUACGGARAUAAUUUCUCAUAUAAAAGGAGGUUUGCAAGCUGGAGAAAGCCCUGAUGGCAAACUGAGCUUUGAAGGUUAUUCAUUGUUGUCUCAAAGUCGUGCUUCCACUUUACCGAAAGAGAAAAGAGAAAUUGUUUACAACCUAUUUCAAGCCUAUGAAAAGAUGAAAACUGAACGUGGAGAAUUUGAUCUGGGUGACUUAGUGAAUGACCUUCAUCAUCGACUYAGAAAUGGGAAAUAUGAAGGUGACCAGAUGRAUUUCAUUUACAUUGAUGAGGUGCAAGAUCUUAGUAUGAGGCAGAUUUCUCUUUUCAAAUAUAUUUGCCAAAAUGUUGAUGAAGGUUUCGUAUUUGCGGGUGAUACUGCUCAGACUAUUKCAAGAGGGAUUGACUUUAGGUUUCARGAUAUACGAUCUUUGUUCUAUAAGGAGUUYUUAAGCAACAGAACAACUGAAAAACAAGAGAAAGGUCUUGUAUCUGAGAUCUUUCAGUUGAAACAGAACUUCAGAACUCAUGCUGGUGUGCUAGAAUUAGCUCAGAGUGUCAUUGAGAUUAUGUACAGCUACUUUGCUCACUCAAUUGAUGUUUUGGAGCCUGAGACUAGUCUCAUUUCUAGUGAACUUCCUGUUCUUCUGGAGGCUGGCAAAGAUGAAAACGCAAUUGUGACAAUUUUUGGUGGCAGUGGCGGUGGGAAUGGUGGAGAAAUCAUUGGUUUUGGUGCGGAACAGGUGAUACUGGUACGUGAUUGUGACAAGACUGAGAUAUGUGAAUAUGUUGGAAAACAGGCUCUUGUUCUCACAAUAGUCGAAUGUAAAGGUCUUGAAUUUCAGGAUGUGUUGCUYUACAACUUUUUUGGUACAUCYCCUUUGAAAGACCAGUGGAGGGUUAUAUAUGGAUAUAUGAAGGAAAAGAAUUUGGUUGAUGGGAAAGGUUGCCAUUCUUUCCCCAGUUUCAGUGAGGCAAGACAUAAUGUCUUGUGUUCUGAAUUGAAACAAUUGUAUGUGGCUAUAACUCGGACAAGGCAAAGACUCUGGAUAUGUGAGAACAAAGAGGAGCUCUCCAAGCCAAUGUUCGACUACUGGAAGAGAAGGGGCCUGGUCCAGUYAAGGAARCUUGAUGAUUCARUGGCACARGCCAUGYGGGUUGCAAGCAGCCCUCAAGAGUGGCGAGAGCGUGGUAAAAAGCUUUACUAUGAGAACAAUUUUGUGAUGGCRACAAUGUGCUUUGAAAGAGCUGGAGACAAGAUGUGGGAGAAAUUGGCCAAGGCUUCGGGUCUCAGAACAUCWGCUGAACAAAUGCGUGGRAUGAAUCCUGAAGCUGCUUCAAGUUAUCUUAGAGAAGCAGCAACGAUGUUUGAGUCCAUUGGGAAAUUUGAGCCUGCUGCUUCAUGUUAUUGUGAUUUGGGGGAGUAUGAAAGAGCUGGAAGAAUUUAUUUGGAUAAGUGUGGGCAGACUGAAGCAGCGGCUGAGUGUUUCACACUAGCAGGGUGUUAUAGCGAUGCAGCCGAAGCCUAUGCACAAGGAGAUAAGUAUUCCAAUUGUCUGUCAGUUUGCAAAAAAGGGAAACUUUAUGGUAAAGGCAUGCAGUAUAUUGAACACUGGAAAGAACAUGCUAAUGUUCAAAAUAAAGAACUUGAACAGAUUAAGCAAGAUUUCUUGGAGAGUUGUGCUCUUGAUUACCACAAGCAGAAAGAUCUCAUAUCCAUGAUGAAAUUUGUUAGAGCCUUUUGUUCUAUGCAAACAAAGCGUGCGUUCUUGAGGUCCGUUGGCCGUCUUGAUGAGCUUUUGUUGUUGGAAGAGGAAUCAGGUAGUUUUGUUGAGGCUGCUGAGCUUGUUAGGUCAUGGGGUGAUGUUCUAAAAGAGGCUGAUCUUUUGGAGAAGGCUGGACACUACAAAGAUGCAACAUUGCUCAUUCUUUGGUACGUGUUCUUUAGCUCGGUAUGGGGAAAUGGAAGCAAAGGUUGGCCGUUGAAGCAGUUUGCUCAGAAGGAACAMCUUUGUAARAAAGCAAAGUCACUUUCAGRAAAWGACACCGACAAUUUCUAUGAUUUUGUAUGUCGUGAGCUUAGAAUACUCWCUGAUCAGCMGAGUAGCUUACCGGAGCUCAAGAAGCAUUUGCAAGCUUCCCAACGACACGAAAGCCUGCGUGGAGAAAUGGUGUCAAAUCGGAAAAUAUUGGAUGCUCAUCUUAAACUAAACUCCUCAAAGUAUGACUGGGACGAUGAACUACCCAGUGAUUUAACUCAGUAUGCUGAGAACAAGAUCUUUUGGAAUCGAGUUUCUGUUAAAACUCUGGKUUUCUAUUGGAACAUGUGGAAGGAUCAUGUUGUGGAUAUCUUUCAGAGUCUUGAAACUUUUGACGGUGGAGAAGCAAAUGAGUAUGAGGGUCAUAUUGAGUUCAUUUUAAAUUAUUUUGGUYUGAGGAAGCAGUGUGUAAASGGAAACGUGGUUUACUUGUUGGUCAGCAAGGAUGCUGAUUGGAUWAAAAAUGGUGGUCACAAGGGUCUUCAUCAGGAUGGGAAGCGGCUAACUCUUGAUAGCAGGCAGUUGGUGUUUGCUAUUCGGUUCUAUUGGCAGUUGGAAUUGGUUUCUGUAGGUAUAAAGGUACUCGAAACUCUUGGAGCACUCCAUAAGUUCAUGUCUCAGGGAUCUGCAUUUCGCAAAGGUACAUGUCUUCUUCACAUUUUUGAGGUCUCCAAGUUUCUUCUAGACUAUAGUUAUCUCAAUCUCACAUAUAGUAAUAAGCAGACCCUGGAAAAUUACCUGGGCUUCUCGACAACUUAUUUUGAUCUUGUGUUUCCCUUGGACUGGAGGAGUUCGAUUUCUGCGGAUUUUGUUUCACUAAAGGAGACUGAUGUUUCAGUCAACUUGCUGAAUGAGAUUAUAAGGUUUAUGAUCAAGGGUAACCUUACCUACUKGRAGAUYGGGAGGGUGAUGAUGAUAUGUCUUGGUUCCAGAAAACCUACAGCACUUUACAACAUAAUUCAUACGGGAGUUGAAUGGAAUCUGUCAUGGAAAUCAUUUGUUGAGAAGUUUCAGAAUGGUUGCUGGGAAGAUGUUUAUGUUGCACUCCAGAAUGCUUUGCGUGAUACUUAUAGAGCCAACUGGAGGCUUCCUGGGUACAUAUCACCUCACAGUUUUGUGUAUCUCUUGGACCGUCUUUUUUUCAUGGCAUCUUUCUCUUCGGGAAUCAUUUUCACUACAAAAUCUUCUUUUGUUGAAUGGUUCACCCAUCAUCACUUUGCUCCAAACACAGCUCAUUCCAAUCCCCCUGACGAAAGCUUUUAUGUUGUAAUGGUCCGAGAAAUUCUUUACAAUCAAGAGGAAACUGUAGCAUGGAUUAAAAAAUCAGACAUGAAUCCUAGAUUUUACCAUCCAGUUUUUGUGUUGAAGCUGGUUAUGAUACUGUGUUUAAUUUGCUUGAAAGUAUCAGAUUGUUCUGAAGUACUACGUGAUUUGCUGUUUGGGAUGAACAAUAUUGCUUAUUUGCUUCCAAAGGAGUUUGUGGGUGGUCUUUUAAAGAGAAGGAAGAGCCGUUAUCUCAAUUUAAAUGCUGACGUAGUUGCAGAAGCAUUUCUAACAAUAGAGGAUCCUCUGUUGAUUGUGAGUACGGAAAAUGCAAGUCCUAGAAUCCAUGCUCCUUGUGCAAUGUUUGUGGACCUUCGGAGAUCGAGGGAUGAGAUCAUGAAUGUAUUGUUCCCCAAGAAAAAUACACAUAGCGACUCGACCUCUGAGGCACCAUCUUCAAACCCGUUACCAGAUUCGAACUUCAAUGUGGAUCCUGCGGAUGGAUGCAAAGGAGAACUGGUAAUGAAAUGGAAUAUACUUGAUGACAUAACUGAAGUUAUAAAUGGGGAGAAGGGAGAGCUACAGAGCUCGUUUUCUGAUUAUGCUAUGAUCAAGAAAGAGUUGGAUAAAAUUGUACAUGCUAUAGCUACUGCUCUUACGAAUGCGAAAAAGUGUGCUGGAGAAUAUGCAACACUUCUACGUGAAGUGCGCUGUGCAUUUGAUGAACUGGAACUGCUUUCUUGUUGGUUUGAUACAAGUGGACUUGAAGUGAAGAAUUUAGUUUUCUCAAGUGAUGAAACAAAGAGUUUGCAAGAAGUUGUGGAGGUUCUGCAGAGUAGAAGGCCGAUGAUGGAUGAUUUCUUGAACCAGUUUGGAAUGAGGGAGGAACCGCAGAAGCUGGUGUCAGAGAGCAGAAACACAAGUCGUGUUAACAAUGAUGGCAGUGGUUGCAAUCAUUCAUCGGUUCUGGAAGUGGUGCCGGAAAAACACAAGAAGGAUGGUAGCACCCAAGAAGCGGUAGCGAAGAAAGGGAAAGGAAAUAAAGAGAAGAAGAAGAGAAAGAACAAUAGGAAGAAAUGUUAGAUUGGAUUGAUGGUUGAUUCCUUUUGAUCUGAAAAGAACAGAAUUCCCAAGUUGGUAUGUUUCCUCUAAAUCUUUACAUAUAUGAUUAUAAAUAAUAUGGUA